AAUAAAUCAUGUGGAUCUCCUCUAAUUUACAUUUAUCACUCCAUCAUCCCUCGAAAGUCGACACUAGCUAAAAGUGAGAGUUAGUAUCACGUGGGAAUGUGGAAUCCAUUCCACGAGGUCGCUCCCUCCAAAUUAUAAAAUGUUGACUAGUAGACUUUUCCACUCUCUAAUACUACUACUACUACUAUAGUCUAUAAAUAUACACAUUCACUUGAUCUACUAUAUCCAAAUCCAAUCCAUCUCGCAUUUUAAGCCAAUAUUACUUACUUUAAAAAUGGCUUCAACACUCACUCUUCUCCUCCUCAUUAUCUUUUCCAUCUCCUUACAUGUCUCUAAUGCUACCUUCGUCCUUCCUAUAUUGAAGGACACAAAAAACUCCCAAUAUUUUACUACAUUCUUAGUUGGAACACCCCCUUCAACUCGUGUCUACUUAGUCAUUGAUCUUAGUAACAAAUGGUCCUGGUUCACUUGCGACCUAUAUGGCUACAAUAACACCACCAACCCCUCCAUCACCUCUUACAAUGUACCGUGCAACUCGCGCAAAUGUGAGCGUUACGCCGGACAGGGAAAUUUUUGCGUCGACGAUAAAUGCGGUGUUUACGCCUACACCCGGUGGAGCAACGGCCUUUACGCCGUUGCCCUCCACCAAGACACAACCACGUUAUACAAGCUAACUCAACAGAACUCAUUAGCACAACUCACAAAAACUAGCUUACCUCAUUUUCCUUUCAGUUGCGCGGAUAAAGGCCCUUUAAAAGGCUUAUCACCUUACACUAAAGGGGUUAUAACUCUUGCUAAGGUUCCAAAUUCUUUCCAUUCACAAAUCUCAUCAACUUUUAAAACUCCUCGAAAGUUUUCUCUUUGUCUUCCUACAUCCUUUUCACGCGGUUAUAAUGGAGCUAUCUAUUUUGGUGGUACCCCUAAUUAUUUGUCCAAAUCACUUAUUACUACCCCAUUUAUAGUCAACCCUAAUAGUACUGCGCUAAUAUAUAGUAUUGGAGAGGCUUCGGUAGAAUAUUUCAUUAAGGUAACAUCUAUCGAAGUUGAUAAAACUCCUAUACGUUUCAGUUCUUCGUUGUUGUCUUUCGACAAAAACGGCAUUGGUGGGACGAAGAUUAGCACAUUAGAUCCUUACACUGUGCUACAUAGUAGCAUAUACAAGGCUCUUAUCGAUGUUUUCGUUAGCAAGGCGACUGCGAUGAAGAUGACCAGAGUUGCUCCCGUGGCUCCUUUUGGAGCUUGUUUUAACGCGAAAAGUGUGGUUAAUAGCGCGAAAACAGGUUUUAAUGUGCCGGUUAUAGAUAUGAUUUUGGAUGGUAAGAGUUCACUGUUGCAUAACAAGAAUAAUGCAAGGUGGAGGAUUUACGGGGCGAAUUCAAUGGUGAAGGUUUCAGAUGAUGUGUUGUGUUUAGGAUUUGUGGAUGGAGGUUUAGAAUCAAGGACUUCAAUAGUAAUAGGUGGGAAACAAAUGGAGGAUAAUUUGGUGGAAUUUGACCUUGAAUCUAAUAAGCUUGGAAUUACUUCAUCGCUUCUUCGUAUGGGUACUAGUUGCUCAAAUUUCAAAGGAAUUUAGUGUAGAUUUUGUAACAUUUUGAUUUCAGAUUCAUAGGAGAUCUAGAGACAUUUAUUUCUUUAUGUUUUGUAUGUGCAACUUGUAGCUUGUAGCUUGUUUCUUUAAUUUACCUUCCACUUUAUGCUAUCA